AUGAAACUGCAGAAUCUUUCAUUCGAAAAACAUUUCGUGCGCGGCUUCUUCUACUGGGGCUUUAUCGUGCACCGAUUCAGAUGCGUUUUGUUGUGGGCACCGUUCUUUGUGACGGCGUUCCUCGCAUGCGGGUUCUAUUGGCUUAAAGAGCAGGUAACUGGUUAAAAUUGAAAUUUUGAGGUGAUAAACGGUUCAUUUUUAAUAAAUAUUUGUUGAAAUCGAUGUUAUUCAAGCAUAAAGUGCUAGAUUGUUGUAGUUUUUUCUUGCUUGUUUGUUCUGUGUUAAGAUUAGGUAGUGUAAAGAUGUAUGAUAGAUUUUAAAUUCUUAACUUUUAGACCACCAUCGACCCCCAAUUUGUGUUUUCUCCAGAAGAUGCUAUCUGGAGGUACGAACGUGGUGUUAUCAGUGAGCAUUGGCCACUGGAUGAAAAGAAGUUCUGGCCAGGAAUGUCGUACGAAUACAAUGGCUACGUUGAUGUAAUAGCAGCUGGAAGACCGAAUCCUGACUUUGGAUACCCGAAUAUGCUUCUGAAGCGUUAUGUAGAGGAAUUGGAUAGGAUUAACCAGUAUAUUGUACAUAAUCUGACGGUUACUGUAGAGUUGAAUGAUCGUAAUUAUACUGUGGGAUUCAGUGAUUUGUGUAUGACAUACAAUUGGAGGUGUUACGAGAACGAUCAUGUGUUUAUGCUGAAACCAAAGAGUACAUGGGGAAGGUUUGAUGCUCAGAUUGCUGAGUUUGCAGAGGAUAUCAUCAAUACUGAGGUAAGUAUGACUAUAACUAGAUUCAACGCAGCAUUUUAGAGGUUUGAUAAGCAAAAUAAUUAAUGUGACAAAUUUAAAAACACUUAAUUUUCAGCUAAAAGUGACAUACCCGAUCGGAUGGCGUGGUACUGAACCGAUCUAUUUUGGAGCUUUUGUUGGUGCACCUCAUAUAAAGGACGAUGAAGGUCAUUUCGACUAUGUUAAAGCUGUCAGACUGACGUAUAAUGUGAGAGCGGGCAAUGUCGAUGUCUUUUCUUAUCAGUGGAGGAAAAAGUUGACCAAGUUCUUGACAGACAAAGUUAAUCCGGCUAGUGGUAUGCUUUUAAUGUUUCACUACAAUAUUGCGUUUAAAAUGUUUAUAGAACUACUGUUUACAAGUAUUAUUAAGUACUAUGUGAUAACAAUAUCAGACUAAACUUACUUAAAAAUAUAAGCUUAACCUUAUUUUAUGCCGUAGCCUUUUUCAGAACUGCUCCAAUUCGGCCUGUUCCACAACGAAAGUCUACCUGAAGGUCUCCAAGACGUUGCUGACACCUUAACCCCCAAGUUUGCCAUAAUGUCAUUCUUACUAUUCGUGUUUUGUGUUGGCUGUUCUUUGGUCGUUCUGCCAUUUGAAGACAGUUUCUGCAUCGAUUGGGUACGCUCUAAGCCUAUUCUUGGUCUAGCUGGCAUCGUAUGUCCAUUGUUGGCCGUAGUCAGCGGAUGGGGAAUCGUACUGUGGAAUGGGGUACUGUACAAUGCUAUAGUAAAUGUAUCUCCGUUUAUUGUCACUUGUAUUGGGAUCGAUGAUGCGUUUUUGAUGACAGCCGCUUGGCACAGGACCAAUCCAGAACAAAGUCCGGCCAAACGGCUAGCUGAAACGUUGGCCGAGGCUGCUGUGGCCAUUUCUAUUACUUCCAUCACUGAUAUGGUAUGUUUAGAGAAGGUUAUAUUGUUUAGACGGUAAAAUUUAUAGCUCAUAUCAUAACUUAAAUUUUUUAAAUAUUAUUACGGUAAGUUUAGUGUAAGAAUUAAUAAUUUCAAUCUUUUGUAGCUGACAUUUGGUAUCGGAUGUAUGACCUCUCUACCUGGUGUGCGUUUGUUUUGUUUAUACACAUUCUGGGGUGUUACCUUCACCUACAUCUACCAGAUCACCUACUUUGCCGCUUUGAUGGCUUACUGUGGAGAAAUGGAAGACAAAGGCAUACAUUCUUUGUUUUGGACUGAUACUAAAGAGCCUGGAGAAUACAGUAAGACUAGCUGAAUAGAUCUAAUGGCACUUUUAUUACUGUAUUUAUGUUAUAUUUAUGAGUUUAUUACUACGCUUUAGCUUUACAUUACAGUACUUUUGGUAUCUAAAUAACCAAAAAUCUUUUCAGAAACCUACUGGAGGAGAUUCUGGUUCUCAGGAAGUAAAUGUAGGUAUAAGGACAGAAUGGAGAGCUCGAAACAACUUACUGAUCUGAAUAAUGUGGAAGAUACGAUGAAAGAAACAGUCAAGGAUACGAAGAAGGGACAUAAAAGUAAAUUCAUGGCCAUUAUGUCGAGUUUCGGGACCAGUAUGGCCAGUGAUGACCAUGUAAGUUGUCAAAAUCACUUAUUUUGGAAUGUAAAAUACGUUGAAAUGAUCGCAUUUGUUUUUAGCACAUGGAGACCCACUACUCGAAGGAGACUUUUGUCAAUUACAUAUUCAGAAAUGUCUAUGCUCCAUUUCUACUGACAAAGAAGACCAAGGUCUACGUCUUCAUAGCCUACUUGAUCUAUAUUGGAGUAGCCGUAUAUGGGGUGUCUGAAAUCAGAGAAGGUCUGAAUCCAAAGAAUCUAGUCAGGUCUUCGUUCUACUUGAGCGACUUCUACGAACUUAUCGACCAGACGUUUUGGUUGGAAGGUAUGCUUAUUUGUUUUAGCGUUUUUUUCAACAUACUUUAUGAUUAGAAUAUCAAAGUAUCCUAUGUAGAUGUAGGACAAAAUCAAUGAUAAAAUGGUGUAAUAUCCUUAAUUUUAGGCCUUCAAGUCCAAGUAGUAGUGAACAAUCCUCCCAACUUGUUCGAUGAGUCUGAUAGACAUGAGUUUCAUCGUCUUGUGAGUUCAUUCGAAGAUACCGAGAACACGAUGAAUCACAAUGCCACGAUGAUCUUCUGGGAUGCAUACGAAAAACACCUGGAAGAAGACUUUACUGAUCACAAGAUAAGCAAACCUAAUAGGUAUGAAGGUCAAGUUUUCUAUAUGAUAUGAUAGCUAUUGUAUAGAUAUUAUGUCACAGCUAUAUUAUUCGUUCAAAUAGUUUGUCAUUUCACUUUAAAACUAUAAGGCGUUACUUUAAAAUUGAUUUUAGUACGGAAGAGUAUUACAUACGAAUGCGAGAUUGGUUACUGACAGCCGGUGGUCGAAACCUGUGGGAAGUAAACAUGCAAUGGGCGAGUGACAAUGAAUCUGAUCCUAUUGUAAGUUCGAUUUAAACCCACCGUUUUCAGAAUGACUUUAUACUUCUUCUUCCAGAGCUUGACAUUCUGUCCGGCUCUGUACCUAAAAUAAUAUAAUGAUUACAGUACCUAACAUAAUAUUUGCCAGCAUGAUCACGAGUAUUCUUUCAGAACUACUACAACUUAAAGGCGUUCCGCUUCCAAGUCGGUCUCCGCAACUACCGUACCCCGACCCAACAUACAGAAGGCUGUCGUCUGAUCCGUAGUAUUGCUCGUAGCUGGAGUAAGUACAAUGUCACCACCUUCCACGAGUACUACCCCUUCGCCGACCAGUACCUCGAACUGAAGCCGGCUCUGAUUAGAAAUUGUAUCUUGGCCGUUCUUUGUAUGGGUAUCGUAGCGUUUCUCAUGAUUCCACAUGUAGGUGGGGUGUUGGUUAUAGUGGCAGCCAUCAUAUCGAUUGACAUUGGAGUAAUCGGCUACAUGACGAUAUGGGGAGUGAAUCUGGAGAGUGUCUCCAUGAUCACCAUCAUCAUGAGUAUCGGGUUCUCGGUGGACUUGAGUGCUCACAUAUCGUAUGCUUAUGUCAUUGCCAAAGGGGACAACCACACAAAGGCUAUCACAGCUUUGGAGACAUUGGGAUGGCCAGUGUUUUUGGUAAGUUAUAUUGGCCCAGGUCUUGAUGCUAAACCACAUUUAGAACUAGAAAACGUUUAUUUUGGGAUAGGAAUUGUUCGACCACAAUAUUCAUUUUAUACAGAAAAUUUUAAAAUUUUAGGGUGCCUUUUCUACUGUAAUGGGUAUCAUGAUAUUGGCCUUUGUGGAUGCUUAUAUCGUGCAGCUGUUCUUCAAAACAGUAUUCCUGGUGAUAUCCUUCAGUUUACUCCACGGUAUCGUAUUCCUACCUAUAUUUAUGACCGUAGUAAUGCCUGGGAAAAAGGUAGACGGCCAAGGUCAAUAA